UGUCAAAAUCGAGUAAAAAAAGACAUUAUUGCGGCUACGACAAGAGAAACAUAUCCAUACAUAACGAAACUAAAGGUUAAGUUACAUAUUUAAGCAGUUUUUUUAUGACAUUACAGUUAAUAUUUUUUUUACAGUUAUCACCACCAGGGUCUACAAAUACUAUGCAUAGAUCAUUCAAUGCUGCUUCAACUGCUGUUACUGUUGCCAAUUUUGCAGCACCCAAAAGUCCAUUAAUACCAGAUGAAAUACUUAGAAUGGACAAAAAGUCUAUCGAUCUUUACCUAAGGAUAUUGGAAACAGGAACAGAGACGAGACGUGACAUCAGAGUAAUUGUGGUAGGGAAACAGGGAGUUGGAAAAACUUCUUUAAUUCGUCGAUUGUUAUGCGAAGAUGUAUCAAAUGUUCAAAGUACAAAUGGGAUAGAUAUAUAUGUAAAGAAAUGUAAAAUUAGAAUCAGAGACGGCAAAUGGAUGCUUGAAAAAGGUUCUUGCAAUACGAAACAGCAGACAAAUGCACGACUACUAAACUCAGUAUUACUUCAUAUCAACAGAACAUCAACAACAGGUAUUACACAUGUUAACAAUGACAUUGAUCUAUCAGUCCCAACAACUGACUCAUUCCAACAAGAGGUGAUUCCGAAAGAAGAAUCAUCCCAUCAAUUUGACAAACAUAGUUCAUAUGAUUCAGCCUUUCGGGAUCUACGUGACGUUGUUGCUGCAGAACCUGACCUUGACAACGAAGAUUAUGCCACAUUGACUCUUUGAGAUUUUGCGGGUGAUAGAGAAUUUUAUAACACGCAUCAGACUUUCCUAUCACACGACGCUAUAUAUUUAGUCGUCACUAGCCUGAUUGACAAGAAUCAUAUUGAAA